GUUCUGUGGUUGUUUGUAAAUUUUUGUCUCUGUUUAUUUUAGUGUUCUGUGGUUUUGGGGCCAGCCAGAAGCAGGAAAAACGAAAAAAUUGUUGAAAACAGUACCUUGUUAUUCCUAAAUUAUGGAAAUAAAAAGAGAAAUACAAAUGUCCCCUAGAAGUUGGCACGACAAUUCUGAGGUCAAAAUCGAGGAUGUCGAUAUUUUGGAACAAUUUACGGAUGGAAGUAGAGUUUAUGAUGCAGAAACAUUUGAAGUGAAGAACGAGCGUUAUUACAGCACUCCCGGAUUCAAAGAAAAAAGAGAAAUUUGCAAAAAAGAAUCUCAUAAUUUGAAAGAUUUCAACAUCUGUGAUGAUGAUUCGGAAAAUAGUGAUCAGAAAAUUGAGGGUCAUUCUUCUUCUGAUUCAAACUCUAAAAAACAUAGGUGUCAUUUAUGUGAUUACUCUAUCAAUCAGAUAUCCCAUCUCAAAAAUCAUAUAAAUUCUGUCCAUUUAAAUUUGAAGGAUCACGAAUGUCAGUUUUGUGAUUAUGCUUCAGUUAGAAAAUCUGACUUGAAAAAACAUGUUGACCUCGUUCAUUUGAAAUCUAAGCAACAUAAAUGUAACUUAUGUGAUUAUGCAGCUGUUCGGAAAUCUCUCGUUGUGGAGCACAAAAAUUCAGUCCACUUGAAAUUGAAAUGUCACAAAUGUCAUUUAUGUAACUAUGCCACAGCCCAGAAACGUAAUCUCAAAAAUCAUAUCGAAGCUGUUCAUUUGAACAUGAAGAUGAAAUGUCACUUAUGUGAUUUCGCAGUUCAUCAAAAAUCUAAACUUCAAAUUCAUAUUGACACUGUACAUUUAAAAAUGGUGCAAUAUAAAUGUCACUCAUGUGAUUACUCUACGACUCAGAAACGUUAUCUCAAAUAUCAUAUUGAUGUUGUUCAUUUGAACCUGAAGAACCACAAAUGUCACUUAUGUGAUUUCGCAGUGCAUCAAAAAUCUAAACUCAAGGCCCAUAUUGAUACAAUACAUUUGAAUACUUUGCCACAUAAAUGUCACUCAUGUGAUUAUGCAACAGCUCGUUUUGACAAUCUUCAGAGGCAUGUAGAUACUGUCCAUUUUAACGUAGUGCAUCAUAAAUGUCACCUAUGCGAUUAUGACACAAAUCAUAAAUCUAAUCUCAAAGAACAUAUUAAUGCCGUCCACUUGAAUUUGAUGCCACAUAAAUGUGACUCAUGUGGAUACGCUUCUUCGCGAAGAUAUGAUUUGAAGAAACAUAUAGAAAAUGUUCAUUUGAACUUGAAACCCCAUAAGUGUCAUUUUUGUGGAUACGCAUCGGCUAGAAGGUAUGCUCUCAGAAAACAUCUCGAUUCUGUUCAUUCGCAUCUUAAAGGUGACACACUGAAAUCUGACAUUAAAAAAUACAUAGAUUCGGAUCACUCAGAUUCAAGGUAGCAUGGAUAUCACUUGUGUGAUUAUAUUGAAGAUGCGAGUUACGGUAAACCUGCAAAAUCUACACGCGGAUGCGGCGUUAUUUCUGCAAUAUUGUCGCAACACACACUGUAUCUGUAGAACCGACUGGAAUCGUACUAAAAAUCUAUUGAUUUUGGCCCUCUAUAUUCACGCUCUUUCGAAAAUCCGAAGGGGUAAAUAGAUUGUAGCCAACCCGUUCUGACCUUAUAUGAGGUCCUAGAUUAUCAUCGGCAGUUUGACGCGGUUUACACUGAUUUCAGUACUCUUUUGAUAAAUUAUCACACGAUAUCGUUGCUCACCGUCGGGGUGAGUGGCGGU